GCGGCGGCGGCCUGGAGAAGCCGCGCACCCGCCGCCGCCCCCCGAGCCUCGCAGCCGCCGCCGCCGCCUGGCCCCCGAGGAGAGGGAGGCGGGCGCCCCUCGGGGAAGAUGAAGGCGGAGGGGGGCGACCACUCCAUGAUCAACCUGUCGGUGCAGCAGGUCCUGAGCCUCUGGGCCCACGGGACGGUGCUGAGGAACCUCACGGAGAUGUGGUACUGGAUCUUCCUCUGGGCUCUCUUCUCUUCUCUGUUUGUCCAUGGUGCUGCAGGAGUGUUGAUGUUUGUGAUGCUGCAGAGGCAUAGGCAGGGAAGAGUCAUCUCCGUCAUUGCAGUCAGCAUUGGAUUUCUGGCUUCCGUAACUGGAGCGAUGAUUACCAGUGCAGCAGUAGCGGGCAUUUACAGAGUAGCUGGGAAGAACAUGGCCCCUUUGGAAGCGCUGGUGUGGGGCGUUGGACAGACUGUAUUGACAUUAAUCAUCUCCUUUUCAAGGAUCCUCGCUACACUUUGAGGUUUCUGUGAGAAUGUCUUACUUCAUAUAAGGAAACAGAUGUACAGAUUCCCUGAAAACGGCAUUGUUAAAAGUGGAAAUGAAGUUGUGCAAGAAUGUGGACUGAGCAGGUCAAAGCAUAAGGAAGACCUUGAGCUGUGUGGAAAGAUUGCCCUCUGGUGUUCAAGUGAUUGCACUACCGCACUGCACCUUAUGUGCCUCUGUCCCAGGCAAGGUGCAUUAAGACACUAUGUAAAGUUACAAGAAAAAGCACCUUGUUUAGCUGCCUAUCAGGUUAACAUUGGUGUUGAAAUCAUCGUUUUUAACAGUGUUGUGUUAAGUUACAGGGAUGUUUCGAGGUAUUGAUAUAUGUGCCAAACUCUUUUCUUUUUGUUAACAUUGAUCAUGUGACAAUUUGCAAGUGUAGAUGUAGCUGAGUGCUGUGAACAUAUUUGACAUGAAUUCAGGUAAUGUACUAAGAUUUUUGUCCUGUAACACUAAAUCCCGUAUGAAUGCUAAAUACCGAAUUGUUUAAUAUGAGAGAAAUUAAUUGGUUUUUAAUGUUGCACAUUUCUGGGAUUUAGGGCUUCAAUAUGUUUAGGUAUUAUUUAAUUGAUGUGGAAGAUAAGUCUUCUUAAUGGAAGACUAGCUCAAAUGUUUUAAGAACUCAGAGUGGCUCUAUAGGGUGCAUACUUUUCACUAACUUAAAACAGUUUCCCUCGUGCAUAAAUAUUCUAUAAAAAUUCAGAAACUUUAAGGGUCAUACACAUUGAUUGUAGUUUGUGUGUCAUAAAAAUGUAAUUUGAAAAUUUUCUUAAAAAUUUUGUAAGAAAAAAUGUCUGAAAUGCAUGUUGCAUUCUUUGACCCUUCUAAAGAAAGUUUUUGCCUCGUAUCUCAUGGACAAAACAUCUUUAUAACUAGUAAGUAUCUCAGUGGGAUAAUAUUACAUGUUGCAUAUAUCUUGAUUUUUGACAAAACAUAAACAGUCUUUCAUUCUGGAGUAUUAACUGUUUUUAGAGAGUGGCCUAAAUUAGGCUCUGGAAAUAAAGACCUCAUUUGUAGAUAAGUAACAAGUAAGUUAUAUAGGAAGAGUAAUAACUGUUCUUUGGAUAUAUGGUAACAUUAUAAUUUUGUUAAGUAAAAAUUGGGGAAUAUAGUAGGUAAUUUUAAAGUUUGGCAGUCUCAGCAUAUCAAUGCAGUAUUGAACGUGUAUUUGAGUAAUUUAUUUCAGUUGUUCAGUUCUUGACUUAUGAUAUUACGAUUUAAGUUUAAGUUUACUGGAAGAAUCAGUGAGGGCAUGUGUUAAAGUGGAAAUGUCCUUUAUAUAAAACAUUUUAAGAGGUUUUGGCAAUACGUAAUUGCAAGAGUAUAGGAAGUAGGGUUGAACUGGUCUUCCAAUGAGAUUUUUUUUGGCACCAGAUACAGUUAAAAUGUGCUAACUCAAAGUAGGAGCCAUUGCAGAGAAUAUGAAGUUAAGGAUAAUAAAAAAAAAUCUGGUAGCCUUGCUGUUUAAUCCAAUUUGCUAUAAAAGUAGGCUUCUCUAAUAUCCCAUUCAAAUUU